AUGGAAGAAGAUCGUCAUAUGUCUACUAUCAAUAACAAAUAUCUCUAUACAAUUAUGGAGCCUGAAACAUACGGUGGUUUACUCAAAUCCGGCCCUUCGCCAACUAUUCUUCCAUCAGAUCCUAUAGCUCCACCAUCGUUAUCAUCAUCAAUAACAAAUCAUUAUGAAAUGCGUUCAUCAUCAUCUCGCCGUCACUACCAUAAAAAGCGUCAUGAAAAUGUUUCGUCCGCUGAUGAUCAAGACGAACGUAUCGAAGUGAAAAUUCUUCCACAAGACGAUAAUUGGGGAGAAACAACGACAAUCACAUGUAACGGUGGAAAUGAAGAUGUACUAAGCAAUCAUAAUGAUACAACUCUUCAAAUCACCGAUCCAUUUCAAUAUCUAACGAACAGAAUCAAUCAUCGUACACGUGCUGUAUUAGUUUGCCAUUUCAUUAUUUAUUUUCUUUGUUUAAUUGCUUUUAUAUCUCCAGUCUUAUUUCUUUCCUUACCCUACACAUUAAAUAGAUAUGAUAUUAUAUCUAUUUCGGAUUAUACCUUAUUCUUAACCAUAUGUUUCAAAUUUCUAUUUUUGUUUCUUGGAACAACCUUUGUCUUUCAUCGACGACGAAAUACGAUUUAUCUGCCACGAAUACACUUACAAAAACUACUUUUCAUCAUUCUUUUGACAAUCAUUCUUUUGACAUAUUGGCUAUAUUAUCUCUUUAAAUUAUUACCAUUUUAUAUCGAUAAAUAUAAUCAAAUACUUACAAUGACUUCGACUUACGAAGAUUUACUUCUAUUUUUAUUAUUAUUAGUCAUUAUCAUUCUCGAAAUCAAAUGGUUGUAUCCAAAAUGGAUCGUCAAAGUCGUACGAUCACCCGAUGGACAAACCAAACAAUACACGAUUGGAUCGAUGUCAAUUCAAGAAGCAAGUAUCUAUUUACUUGAACAAUAUUACAAAGAUUUCCCAGUUUUUAAUCCAUGGCUGGAAAAUGCCCAACAAUCGCAAGUUAAACCUUAUGGAGGAUAUUCGGUAAAAUCAACAGGAUCGCAGUCGAAUGCAUCGACAUUGCUGGGUGGUACAAAUGUUAAUAAAGAUAAUGGACAAUCCAUGCGUGGAUACAAUGAUCGAUUCUAUGCUGAACUUGAAUAUGAACGUCGAGUACGAAAACGUCGUUCGAAACUGAUUAGUGCAUGUGAAGAUGCGUUUACAAAUGUUCGCAAGUGCUUCAAUGAUAAAUAUAAUUCGAAUAUACCAAUGGACGCACGAGAAGCCGCACAAGCUGUCUUCUCCUCGAUGGCGCGAUCCCUUCAAAAAUAUCUUCGAAUCACUCGUCAACAGCCAUAUUUUACUCGAGAAAGUAUCAUUUCUCAUUUAUCAACAUGUUUAACUCACGAUCUCUCUCCUCGUGCAUUUCUUCAACGUUACAUUCAAACCGAAUCUCAACCAUUAGCAACCUUACUCUUUCCUACUUUAUCGAAUGAUAACGCUGAACAAUCAUGGACAAUUAUUUGCGAUCCACAAUCCUAUCUUCCCGACAAUGAAGAGAAGAAAAUGAUUGCUAUUAAUCAAUCGAUUUAUACGAAUUUGACAUGUGUACUUAAACAGCAAAAUGCCGAGCAUAUUGCUUUGAUCUGUACAUUCCAUCGGAUUCCACGAGUGCAUCUUAUUGAGAAAUUGUUCGAUACGAAAAAUAAUAAAUUUGUUCUCAAAUUGAAUUCGGAGACAUCAGUUUGA